CCCGUCCGUCCGGCCUCCGGAGAUGGUGAUCUGCUGCGCCGCGGCCAACUGCUCCAACCGCCAGGGCAAGGGCGACAAGCGGGACGUCUCCUUCCACAGGUUCCCCUUAAAGGACUCCAAGCGGCUGAUCCAGUGGUUAAAAGCAGUUCAAAGAGAUAACUGGACGCCCACCAAGUACUCUUUCCUCUGCAGUGAGCAUUUCACCAAAGAUAGCUUCUCCAAGCGCCUGGAGGAUCAGCAUCGGCUUCUCAAGCCCACAGCUGUGCCUUCCAUCUUCCAGCUGUCGGAGAAGAAGAGGGUCAAUCGUGGCCAUGCCCGAAGUAAAAGGAAGGAGGCCAGCCAAGUCCUAGUCGGGGCGAGAGACCCCUCCAAGGAAGGAGGCCGUGAAGCAGAUAAGAGCUCAUCGUUCUCUUUGGAUCAAGGAUCGAUGGUCAAGCAAGAGACUGGAAAGAUGGAGCGGGUGACUAGGAAGGCUGACAUUGGGUCAAGAUCCGGCCCAGGAGAAAAUAUUCCCGUCCAAUUGGAAGCACCUUUGGUGAGGACUUUGAGCGAUGGCUUGACUUCAACGCCGGGCACCCAGAGAAGGCCGGAGAGGCCCGCGGUAGAACUUUGCCCCUCAGCCAACACCCACAACGGGAGUUGGAUAGCCGAUCGGAGCGGCAUUUCCAUCGAUGAUUUUACCCCUCCGGGAUCCGGGGCCUGUAAGUUUAUCGGCUCGCUUCAUUCCUACAGCUUUUCCUCUAAGCACACCCGAGAGAGAUCGUCCCUUCCGAAGGAGCAACCGGACAGGAAGAGGCCGAAGAGGGACGCGGAGCCCAGCUGUAGCGGCAACGGCGCGGGACCCGAAAGGUGCUUAACGGAAAGCGGCCCUAGUUCGUCCCUCACCGCCACUCCGCAGAAACCUUCCCAGAGUUGGUCGGCUCCCCCCGCGGACUUGACUCCGAAGCCAGCGACAGAAGCGGUGCUAGGCCAAAAGGGGGACACCGACGCCAACCCCAUGUCCAUAAACGAGGUCAUCAUGUCGGCCUCGGGGGCUUGCAAACUCAUUGACUCCCUCCAUUCAUAUUGCUUCUCCUCUCGGCAGAGCAAAAGCCAGGUUUGCUGCCUGCGGGAGCAGGUAGAGAAGAAGAACGGAGAGCUCAAGCUGCUCAGGCAGAGAGUCAGCCGUUCUGACAGCCAAGUGAAGAAGCUGAGGGAGAAGUUGGAUGAACUGAAGAGGUUCAGUUUCCCAUUUUUGAGCAACCUGCUGUCCUCGAACUGCGAGACCCCCAAGAUGAAUCCUGUUGUGGAACCUCUAUCCUGGAUGCUAGGCACCUGGCUCUCAGACCCCCCAGGAGAUGGCAUCUUCCCUACGCUGCGGCCCUUUCAAUAUCUGGAGGAGGUGCAUAUCUCCCACGUGGGGCAGCCUAUGCUGAACUUCUCGUUCAACGCCUUCCAUCCAGACACUAGGAAACCAAUGCACAGGGAAUGUGGAUUCAUUCGCCUCAAGCCUGACACCAACAAGGUGGCCUUCGUCAGCGCCCAGAACACAGGUAUCGUGGAAGUGGAGGAGGGUGAAGUGAACGGACACGAACUGUCCAUAGCAUCGCACUCCAUAGCUAGGAUCUCCUUUGCCAAGGGGCCUCACGUCGAACAGAUUACCCGAAAAUUCAGACUGAAUUCCGAAGGGAAAUUAGAACAGACUGUCUCCAUGGCAACCACUACACAGCCAAUGACUCAACAUCUUCAUAUCACCUACAAGAAGGUGACACCUUAAAGUGGGGAGACAGUUCCCCCACCGAGACAGUGAAGCCCAGACACUGCAAUGAGGACAGAAGCAGCUCAGGAAGGAAACACAACAACUUGUAUCACAACAGCCCAGAUCUGCUGACACAACUGGGAAGUAAAGUUACCCACGGGAUUGAGAAUGUUACUACGAUAUUCAUGUAACAGUAUAGAGAAACCAAAUAAAAGGCCCUUAUUUUUAUGG